AAAUACAUGGGGAUAUUACCACCUACCGCGUGGUUUUUAUUUUUAGGAAAUUAACUUCUCAAAUUUAAAAUUCUACAAAUAUGCAUCCUUCUUUUGGGCAAAAUGAAUAUGAACCUUGGUCGGCGUGGAUAAGUUGUGGCAAGUCUGAAAUUUGCAGAGGAAGAAAUUGUUUGGGGAAUUGUCUGAAUGCCAAGAUAUUUCAACGAAAAGGCUGCAGGAACUCCAGUUGUGAUGAUCUGAUAUCUACAAAAGGGCAGACAGAACAUCUUUCAACAGCCACAUUUUUAGUGCAAUCCGCUUCUUUGGAGGCUACUACUUCCGGUAGAAUACAUUCACAAGAAACAACCACAUCAGUGAAUAUGCCCAAUGGCACCGAGCCUCAUCAAAAGGACAUCGUACAAAUUAUACCAACCUCCACUGCUGGUAUCGGUCUUCUUGUGACUUUGGGUCUGACCCUGUUGGUGAUUUUUAACCUUGUCUUCACGCUCUAUUUCUACCGUGCUUGGAAGAAAAGACAAAAGGUGCGUUCCAGACAAAGCAUGAUUGAAAUGUCACCUUAUGAUGGAUUAAGGAGCAUUCCCAGAGCGCAGAGGGAAGAUUUAUACUCCAACAUCAGAGAGUCCCUCUUCACUGACGCUGGUACAUACACAACCAUCAGAUCCAGAGAUGGGGACGUUGACGGGACCAUUUCAGAUAGAUCCAGGCUACUGCGAGUGGUGCCAUCGCAACGAGGAUGUAACCGGGAAAAGGUGAAGACCCUGACGACGCUUUUUGAAUUGCAUUCUAAGGAUGUCAAACAAACAUUGUCAGAAAUGAAAUCCGUGAAUAUCACUGGUGAGUGAUUAUGUGACGUAUCCAUGUUACUUUUAUGAUAUACUAUAUGUGCAGUCGGAGGUGAUACGCUUUUUAGUGUCAUCAUGAACAGACUCUACCAAAUUCUACUAGUGUUGAUCACAUUUUGGUGAAAAUAAUAAAUUAUUGCAUUUGCCUCAACACCACUGACAAUGAAUGCCGCUAAUUUAAUCGUACAUACAACAUGUUUAUGUAGGUGCCACUGAGAUGUAAUGGGCUGACCCUAAAGGCCAUGAUCUAUAUCCAGACGUAGCAAUCGUUGUGUUUUAUUCUGGACUUUUAUUUUAUUGAUGGUUGGCGGUAUUCCUGUCGAUGGAUGUUGGGAUCAUAUGCAAAUAUCAAAUGAGAGACACCAAGAAGAGAAAUAUACAAGCCACUGUCCGUUAUAGUUGACUUGCCAGUGUGUCAGUAUAGAUAUCAAAAGUCUAUAUCUGAUUUAACAUGAGUGUUUAGCAAUUAAAGACAAAGUGUUUGGUUUACAAAUUACCAGUACUAAUGUUUAUAGUGGUAAAUAGUAACUGAAAACGUUCAUGUUCACACCUACAAGUGUGACAGCUUUUGUAGUCAUACACAAUAUAAUUGUUAUUUGAAAUACGAUUAAAUUAUCAGGUUAUAAAGUACAGGCCCUGAUUUUUUUUUUAUAGUUCUGGGUUUGUGGUUGUUGAAUUAAUUCUUUUUCCUUAUUUCUUUCUUUUUUGGACUUUUAAGUGUUAUAAUCACCGGUCAUUUAUAUCUUAGAUUGAAUCCACUUUCCAUUGAAAUUGGAGCUACAUUGUGCUUACAUGAUGCUUACCAAGGUACUCCUCCUAGACACCUAACCCCACCUCUGGUGUGUCCAGUGGUCUGUGUUUACCCAACUAUUUAUUUUGUUGAGCAUCACUGAAGAGACAUUAUUUGUCGAAAUGCGCAUCUGGUGCAUCAAAAUUGGUACCGUAUAAGUUUUACAUUAUAGGAGUUAUGCGACCGAUCACUGUUCGUUAUCUUCACCUUUCGUUGUUUUAAUUCUUCAGUAAUCACUGAGAACACUAUUUUAGAAUGUUUAUUUACAUAUUUUUAACAAUAUUCUAGAAAGAUAUCUUGUACAUGGACUAUAUUGUUGGUUUUUUGUUUGUUUGUAUGUAGAUUGUAGAUAUAUAUUUUGCACUAAUGUCCAUAUUGUAUAUUUCAUACUCUUGAAAAUGAUACCGUAUGUUACAGUUGGAUCAGUUAUGCUAUUAAAGGAUCAUGAUAUUGGUGUAAGUGUUACACUGAGAACUCUA